UAUGACCACGCUGCGAAGGCUUCGAGAGGCGCCCCGGCACUUGCUAGUCUGCGAGAGAUCCAACUUCAGCCACCACAAGUCACGCCACCGGCAUCUAGUGGAGGCGCACUAUCACAAUUACCGGGUGUCAUUUCUCAUUCCUGAAUGUGGGAUAUUACCAAAAGAACUGAAAAGCCUGGUCAUGGAAACUGGACCCUAUUACUCUGUGAAGAAUUUACCUCUUCAUGAAUUAAUUACACAUGAAUUCAUCAACACUUUUGUAAGGAAAGGUUCCUGCUAUGCACUGACAUUCAAUACAAAUAUUGAUGAAGAUAAUACUGUUGGUCUGCUACCCAAUGGGAAGUUGAUUUUAUCCCUGGAUAAAGACACUUAUGAAGAAACUGGACUUCAAGGUCAUCCCUCUCAGUAUUCUGGCAGAAAAAUUAGGAAGUUCAUUGUUUCCAUUGAUUUGAUGGAUUCAUCCUUUAUGUUGGAGUCUAAGAAGUAUAAAAGAAUAUGUUGGUCCUUCAAAGAAAAGAAGCCUUUGAAGUUUGAUUUCCUUUUGGCUUGGCAUUCUACAGGUGCAACAGAUUCAACAAUGAUGUCAUACUUUUCCAAAUACCAAAUUCAGAAGCAUCAACCUAAAGUAGAGCUGAGCACAGUGAAUGAUUUGCAGUGCCCGGUGCUGCAGAGCAGUGAGCUUAAAGGAGAGCCAGAGUCAUCCUGCGGUGCCCCAGAGCUCUUUGAGUGGCUGGGCGCAGUCUUCUGUAAUGCAGACCUAAAUAAUGAGCCUAAUAAUUUUGUGUCAACCUACUGCUGUCCCCAGCCAAGCACAGUGGUGGCCAGGGCUUGCUUGUGUACAAUCACUGGCCUCAUCCUUCCAGAGAAGAUCUGUGUCCUGCUGGAACGGCUGUGUCAUUACUUUGAUGAACCAAAGCUGGCUCCGUGGAUUACCUUGUCAGUUCAAGGCUUUGCAGACAGCCCUGUUUCCUGGAGAGAGAAUGAGCAUGAUUUUCACAAAGGAGGUGAACAUAUGUACAACUUUGUGAUUUUUAAUAACCAGGACUACUGGCUUCAGAUGGCUGUUGGAACACUCGAUGACUGUCCUCCCUAAGCAAUACUGAAUUUUAAAAUCUGUUUAUUUGUAGUCACUUGUUUUCUGAUUUCUUCAUUUGUGUAUGUGUGGGUCUGUGCACUGAUGAUGUUCCUCAGCUCACCAUUUGCUGGCAUUCUGGCCUGCACAGCCUAUCUACGUGGCAGCGGGUGCAUGCUCAGUGACUGGCUUGUUCUCUCCGUCAGUGCAAGCACAGGUUGUGUUCACUGCACUGUCAUGACAGCUGGAAUGAGGGGACCAUUGAGUAAGGGCUGCUGUUGCUCAUUGCAGCUUUCAUCAAGCAAUGAGAAGACCUGUAUCACCCUUCCCAAGACCUGUCCUUGUGGUAAGGCUCUUCAUUGAUUCCCUCCUCAAUUUCUCCUCACCCCUAUGAGGAAACUGAAGCACAGGAUGGUCAGGAAGCUGUUGAGUUCUCUCUGCUAGUAGAUGAGCCUGGAUGUCAGGCCAGCCUGAGUCCUCAUCAGCUGUUCUCACUGUGUUUAUUGCUUCUGGAUCAGGGAGGGACCUGUGGGAACUUGGAACUGUUAACCAACAAGUUCCAUUUUAUUUCUAGCAAUGUGUCUGGUGUGGACCCAACAAAAAAACAGCUUUCACAAUAUACAGGGAAAAAAUAUACUAUAAUUGUAUUCAGAAAUUGAAAUUUGAGUUUUAAAAAGGAAAAGCAAAAAAUUCAAUGGAAGCCAAAAUCCAGAGUAACUAGAAGAAUGUGAAUUUUCUUUUGACAGCCUCAGGUGAGGGAGGAGCAGCAGAGAAGCCAAGAAAACUUAGGUCCUGACAGGGUAGAAGAACCAGGAGGGAGACAUAAAGUUGAGACUCCCCAAAAGCAUAGACUUAGCACCAGGCAAACUGUGACUGGAGCUGUCUGUUCCCUCACAUCCUCAUCCCCUCAGCUUCUGGAGCAGCAGGGAAGACUGCCUGUGCUAAAGGAAACUAUUGCUCUGAAGUUGGGCAGAAAUGUAAGUGUGCAUGUGUACAAGUUCCUCUUGUUUUGAGGGAACUCAAAAGGUUCCACAAUCUAGGUUCAUAGUUUUAAAAAUUACUACAAAGCACGUAAAUUAGGCAAGAGAUGUCAGAAACAGUGGACAGAAAACAUUGAAGAUGUUUGCCUUUAUAGUCAACUAGUGAAAAACCAAACUUCAAAACACAUGAAGCAAAAACAACUGAGGAGAAAUGCACAAUUGCACAUUAUCAAAUUUAAUGUCUCUCUGUAUGGGUAAAUAGGCAGAAAAUCAGCAACAAUAUAGCAGAUAUGAGCAACACUAUCAACCAACAGAAACUGAUAAUUAUAGAAUAUUCUACCCUGCAACAGCAGACACCCAUCUUUCUCAAGUGCAUAUGGAAUUUGUGUGGAGGCAGAACAUGCCUAUUCAAUAAUUUCAGAUUUAAAAAGAUAGAUUUAUAUUAUCUCUGUUACUAAUAGGAUUAAAAAAUCAAGGGC